AUGCCGCGUAUUCUACGCCGCUUCCCUCAAUGCUGUAUUCCACCAACUAUUUGGGAGUCGAGCAGAGAGGACGGCCUCCAGGAUGCCGUUUACUCUCAGAUCAACCCCAAUUGGACCUUCAUACGGUUCUUCCUCAUGUUCGCUGGCUAUGAUUUUGAUAAUGGAAAGGCUGUUGUAAAAGAGAAAGCCCAGUUUGUCAAAGCAUACGUCCCCUACGAUUUUCUGGAUUCUUCACUGAAUUCUUCUGGAUUCUCAGUUGGAGAGUUGGACUCAUCUACUGAGGACUACAUGGAAAUUCCCGCACCACCACCAACCAUGGAUGUCGUUUGCUCGGACUCUUCUCGUCAACAACCGGUCAGUGUUUUCUCUAGCAUUCAGAAAACCGAAGAAGUUGUUUGCGAGUCCGACUCUGACAUUCCAUACGACGACUCUACAUUUUCUGUGGAUACAUCGUUUGGUGAGGAUGCCGAAAAGUCCCUACUAGAAGGUGUGGACCCCACUUCCAACUAUGGCUACGCGAUCGUCUACAACAAAAAGGUCUGGGAGCCUCCAAAGGGACCAUGGUACACCGACGGAAACAUUUAUGAAGACAUUGAUGCCGAUGAUGAAUCGGUCUACUUUGUGGUUGCCAUCAAGAAGUACAAGAAGAAAUACAUGGACUCUAAAUCUAUGUCGAAAGAGGAGAAGAAGGAGAAGAAGGUCUUGGCUAAAUUGGCGGAGAAGGAAAGAAAGCAAUUGGAAAAGACGGUGAAAAAUGAGGCCAAAAAACUGCACAUGGAAAUGAAGGCGGCAUGCAAGAAAGAGUAUGAGGAGAAGAAGAAAUUGAAGAAGACCAAAAGGCGACCAUGGUACAAACUGUUCAGCUCCAACGAUGACGACACAGCCUCAACGGACUCCUACUACACCUACAUGUAA